UAUUGGCACCGCUCGGCCGCCGUCGAUCAUUGAGGUUGCAGUUCCACGUCAGCUGGAGGACAACGGGAGGAAGAGAUCGGCUUCCUCCUCCUCUACCUCCACACAAUCAUCAUCAUCCUCCUCCUCCCCCCUCCCCGCUUCUUCAGCCGCCGUUGAUACAGCGACCCGGCCUUCUCUUCUCAUCUCUGGAGACCAGAUACCCUGAACGCUCAGGUUACCUGAUUUCUUGCUUUUGAUUUGCCUGGGAAAACUGGCAUCAUGACAGCUGCAGAAAACAUAUGCUAUACACUCAUAAAUGUUUCUUUGGACUCUGAACCACCAAAUGAAAUUAGCCUGAAAAUUGAUUUGGAAAAGGGAGAUGUGAAGACCAAGACUGAUGCAUUAAAGAAGGUGAUUAUCAUGAUUCUAAAUGGAGAGAAGCUCCCAGGGCUCCUGAUGACGAUUAUUCGGUUUGUGUUACCGCUGCAAGAUCACACAAUCAAAAAGCUUCUGCUUGUCUUUUGGGAGAUUGUCCCUAAAACAACCCCUGAUGGGAAGUUGCUGCAAGAGAUGAUUCUUGUCUGUGAUGCCUACAGAAAGGAUCUGCAACAUCCAAAUGAGUUUAUUCGAGGAUCCACGCUUCGUUUUUUGUGCAAACUAAAGGAGCCAGAGCUUUUAGAACCACUGAUGCCAGCCAUACGUGCCUGUCUGGAACAUCGGCACAGUUAUGUACGCAGAAAUGCUGUGCUGGCUAUCUACACCAUCUACAGGAACUUCGAGAACCUUAUUCCUGAUGCUCCUGAGUUGAUUCAUGAUUUCUUGGUUAAUGAAAAAGAUGCAAGUUGUAAACGGAAUGCUUUUAUGAUGCUGAUUCAUGCCGAUCAGGACCGAGCCCUGGAUUACCUGAGUACGUGUAUUGAUCAGGUUCACACUUUUGGAGACAUUCUGCAGCUGGUUAUUGUUGAGCUGAUUUAUAAGGUAUGCCAUGCCAAUCCAACAGAAAGAGCACGAUUUAUCCGCUGUAUCUACAAUUUACUUCAGUCUUCAAGCCCUGCAGUAAAAUAUGAAGCAGCUGGAACGUUAGUCACAUUGUCCAGUGCCCCAACAGCUAUCAAGGCUGCGGCACAGUGCUACAUUGAUUUGAUUAUUAAAGAGAGUGAUAAUAAUGUCAAGCUAAUUGUUCUUGAUCGCCUGAUUGAUCUCCGGGAACAUCCUACACAUGAAAGGGUGCUGCAGGAUUUGGUGAUGGAUGUCCUCCGUGUUCUGAGCACUCCAGAUUUGGAGGUACGCAAAAAGACGUUACAGUUAGCACUGGAUCUCGUUUCAUCACGCAAUGUUGAAGAGCUUGUCAUAGUUCUCAAGAAGGAAGUAAUUAAAACAAAUGAUGUAUCAGAACAUGAAGACACAGACAAGUACCGGCAGCUUCUGGUCAGAACACUACAUUCAUGCAGUGUCCGUUUUCCAGACAUGGCUGAAAAUGUUAUCCCCGUGCUGAUGGAAUUUCUCAGUGACAGUAAUGAAGCGGCUGCUGCUGAUGUUCUCGAAUUUGUGCGAGAAGCUAUUCAGAGUUUUGAUAAACUUCGACCAGUCAUCAUUGAGAAGAUGCUGGAGGUGUUCCAUGCCAUCAAAUCUGUCAAAAUAUACCGGGGAGCUCUCUGGAUUUUGGGCGAGUACUGUAGCUCCAAGGACGACAUUCAGAGUGUAAUGACUGAGAUUCGUCGGUCAUUGGGUGAGAUUCCAAUAGUUGAGUCCGAGAUAAAAAAAGAAACAGGUGAACUGAAGAUUAAUGGUGAUGUUCAGGUGAUUCCAACGCAAAAACUUGUGACGGAAAUGGGAACGUAUGCAACCCAGAGUGCCCUUAGCACAAGGCCUUCAAAAAAGGAAGAAGAUAGACCACCCUUGCGAGGGUUCUUACUGGAUGGCGAUUUCUUUGUGGCUGGUGCUCUUGCAACUACACUGACCAAAAUAGCUCUGCGUUAUGUGGCACUUCAGCAAGACAAGAAGAAACAGAAUAGUUUUGCUGCAGAAGCCAUGCUGAUCAUGGCCAGCAUUUUACACCUUGGUAAAUCAUCACUCCCAAAGAAAUCAAUUACAGAUGAUGAUGUGGACCGUAUCUCAUUAUGUCUUAAAGUCCUUUCAGAGUGUUCCCCGCUGAUGAACAACAUCUUUAACAAAGAAUGCAGAAAAUCUCUCUCUCAAAUGCUAUCAGCAAAACUGGAAGAGGAAAAGCUUUCUCAAAAGAAGCAAUCCGAAAAAAGGAAUGUGUUGGUACAGGCAGACGAUCCCAUUUCCUUUAUGCAGCUGAUGCCCAAGAAUGAGAUGACGUCUAAGGAGGACCAGUUUCAGCUCAGCUUAUUGGCUGCGAUGGGUAACACACAACGGAAAGAAGCAUCUGAUCCUUUGACAUCCAAGCUCAGCAAGGUCACACAGCUCACAGGUUUCUCUGAUCCAGUGUAUGCCGAAGCCUAUGUACAUGUUAAUCAAUAUGAUAUUGUACUUGAUGUACUUGUGGUUAAUCAAACCAGUGACACACUUCAGAACUGCACUCUGGAAUUAGCCACAUUGGGUGAUCUAAAACUGGUUGAGAAACCUUCACCUCUAACCUUGGCUCCGCAUGAUUUUGCUAACAUUAAGGCCAAUGUGAAAGUAGCGUCAACAGAAAAUGGCAUUAUUUUUGGUAAUAUAGUGUAUGACAUAUCCGGGGCUGCCAGUGAUCGAAAUUGUGUGGUACUGAGUGACAUCCACAUUGAUAUCAUGGACUAUAUACAGCCUGCCGUGUGCACUGAUGCAGAAUUUCGUCAGAUGUGGGCUGAGUUUGAGUGGGAGAACAAGGUUACAGUUAACACAAAUAUUACUGACCUAAAUGAAUACUUGCAGCACAUUCUUAAAUGUACCAACAUGAAGUGCUUGACUCCAGAGAAGGCUCUUUCUGGUUAUUGUGGUUUUAUGGCUGCCAAUCUUUAUGCCCGGUCUAUUUUUGGAGAAGACGCACUUGCAAAUGUCAGCAUAGAGAAACCGGUUCAUCUUGGACCAGAUGCCCCUGUGACUGGUCACAUACGCAUUCGGGCAAAGAGUCAGGGAAUGGCUCUCAGUUUGGGUGACAAGAUCAACCUGUCCCAGAAGAAAGUAAAAGCAUAGUGGCUUUUUCAGACAUCAAUAUCGGCUUAAAGUUUUAUGUUAGUUUAAUUCAACAAUAUCCUCUUGUUUAUCUAUAAACAAAGAUCAUAGAUGUUGAGUAUUUUGAAGAGAACUCGUAAUUUUGUUGAGCUGUCCAUGAAAUUAAGCUUCUAUUUACACAUUUCAAAAGAUGGUAGAGUCCUUUCCUUUUGUCUCCUUUAUCUUGCUGCAGAGGUUCCUUGUUUUACACUAAAGUUUAUCAAUUACAAUAAAGAAAAAAAUUCCGCAA